AUGCGGUCCCACCUUGCCAACCGCCUUCGAAGCUCGUCACUCAGCGCCGUCCCUCCUCCGCAAACAUCGUCCGACUAUUCAACACCCCUCGCUCGAGUAGCGGCCAGCGUCCUAUACCGUUCGCCUAUAACCUCGAAAGAUGGAAGACCUAUCUACAUACUGAAUGCCGCGGCCCUACCCGACACCCGCGAAGCCGAUUUCGACGCGUUACUACCCUAUGUACUUGCAAGAUUACCCGGCGAAGAGGAGCUCUUGAAGGGCUCGGAGUACGAGGUCAUAUUCUUCGCCGGAGGAGGUUCCGAAGGGGCCACAGCUGCCAGAAAGAAUAGGCCAGGCUGGGGAUGGUUUAUACAGGCAUAUCAUGUCCUUUCAAGGGCGAUGAGAAAGCGACUACAAAAGCUCUACAUUGUCCACGAGCGGAGUUGGGUCAGGAUUCUGGUUGAGAUGUUCUCCACAAUCGUGAGUCCAAAGUUUAGGAGAAAGAUUGUACAUGGUAUCAAUUUGGCUCUACAUCUUGCAAUCGAAGAUCUGCUUAUUCCACCCUCGGCGUACUUACACGAUCGCCGACUCUCAGACGAUAUAUAUGCACCCUACGCGAGUGGACGGCGGGCUUUUGGGGUCCGACAACCCCUCCCAAAGACUAGCCAAGGCCAAACCAGGCUUCCUCGUGUGCUCCGAGAAGCUACAAAUUUCGUUCUCAUGGAGGAAAACAUAGACACCGAGGGCCUGUUCAGGAUACCGCCACAUUCUAAGCUCAAGGAAAUAUUGAAGGAGGCUUAUGAUCGCGGACAGAAGUUCAUUGUCUGGAAAGAGGGACAGAUUGUGCUUCCCAUUCCGGAGUAUCCACACUCUGACGCCAUCGAUGAGGCUAUCGGAGAAAUUGACCAAAGGGACGCGUAUGGGGUCAUCAUGGCUGCAGGACUGAUCAAAUCCUGGUAUGCGGAUCUUCGGCAGCCAAUCUUCCCUCAGUCUUCGUAUAAAGAGAUAAAGAGAAUAUUCGGAGAUCCUGACGAGCUUCCCUCACUGGAAAGGCUUACUGAGCUGAUUUCACCAACCUCGGAAUGGUCCAGUCUGCCUUCUAUAUCUAGAGAGAUCAUGACAAGGCAUCUUCUCCCACUAUUGGCUGCCAUAGCAGCACGGCAGGAGCAAAAUAAGAUGAACUCAGAGAAUCUCGCAGUCUGUUUUGGCCCAGCGCUCCUCUGCGGACCAGAUCAGCUGGAAGAUGCCAAAACUUCCUCGAUUGUCAGGCGCAUUCUGAUGGUAGCCAUCGAUCUCUGGCCUAACGACCUGGGAAAGAACUGCAUGGUAGACCCGGCUGCAUUCCAAAAGGACCUUGCCCUCCCAACAGACCCCAACGAAUGGGAAGACCCACUCGAAGGGAAAGUGUAUGCCCAACCGCCAGAAGAUGUUGACGAAAAACACUUCACGGGCAUCAUCCUGGAGGAUAACGAGGCUGCCUCAGCUUCAGAUCAGCCACCUCCUCUUCCACCCCGAUGGAAAGAGAAGCAGACCUCGUCAGAGUCACCUGAUUCUGCUACAAAACGAAAGCCUGCACCUCCUCUAAACACGCUAUUACCGCCUAGAUAUUCUACCGUUGUAGGCGACAGUCCUUUAGAUGUUGCCGAGUCACCGACUAGCUACGUGGCCGAUGGGUUUGCUCCUCCUCGUCCUUCUCAAUGGGAAAUCCCAGACGAGAAGAAAUCUGGUACGAACAGUGCUGGCGAACUUCCUACUCCUACAAUAAUACUUCCCAAGAGGAAAGCCCUGACAGCAGAGCAGAUAGGUAACGCGGAGAAUGCCACGCAAGCCCAACCGCGAACGUUUUCAGACGGCAGGAUGGCGUUGCCUGGGAUGACAGGCGGGAGUCCAACGGAUUCCAUCAGGCGUAAGCCUGUGCAGUCUCCUAAAGAUGCACCUGAGGCGGCCGCAGAGAAGGGAGGCGAAUCAUUGUCUCCUUCUCCAAAGGAAUCGACAGGUCCAAGCUGGGCAAGGCGCGGCUCUGUAGACCCACAGGCGCCAGUGAGUAAUUUUCGACGGCCCAGCUGGCCCGCAUCUGCGAGCAGGACUCCAACCAUCACAUCCCUCGCGCGACCUGUACAUCCUUCUUCAACCACAGCCAAGCCGCCAGGCCCUCCGCCGCCUGCAAAGUCAGCAUCUCUGCCCGUUCCAGCGCCGAGACCGAGGGCGCCGUCACCAGGACUCCUUCAACGGAUGCCCUCGUUCGACCCGGCGCCGUCACAGACUCCGCCAAAUGGGCUUGCGCUGCGUCCUCAUAAGUUGAACUUGAAAAAGGCUUCAGUAGACGAUCUGCGUAGGCUGUAUGAGGAGAGAGCGGGGACAGCGAAGAGCUUGGUUGAAGCCGGCUUGCACAAAUAG